AUGAAUCACAAAUUCAAAAGCACCAACUACAUAUUUGAUCAAAAAGAUUAUUAUGGGUUUUCAUGGCCUCAAAGAAACUUUAUGUGCACCUUUUGCAACAAAGAGUACAAAUCUGCACAAGCUCUUGGUGGUCACAUGAAUGUUCACAGAAGAGAUAGAGCUAAACUAAGACUCUCAUCACCUCCUCUUGCUCAUGAUGAUCAACACCAAGCUGCAAACCCGAAUAACCCUAACACUGCUAAAUGUGUGUCACCACCAUCACCGGUUCGUUACCAACCUUACAAUAAGACCACCCACCAUUCUUCUCUACUUUUUCCUCAUCAUGUUUCCACUACUAAUGUAGAAGAUGAACAACGCGCGUUAUAUGCGUGUUCUGCAGGCGGGAUAGACUUUUUAGGGUGUAUGGGAAAGAAGAAUGUGAGAAUGGAAGAUGGGGAGAAAGAAGGAAAUGGGAUUAGGGUUUGGAAGAAAGCUGAAAUCUUUAACAUGAAGAUGGAGAUGGAGAUGGAGACGGAGAUGGGCUUGCUUAAUAAAGAUGGAAAGAAUAUUGAGCUAGAUUUGGAACUUCGACUUGGGCGGUCUUGA